CUCUCUCUUUCAUUUUUCUCCCUUUUAUAUUCAAAAUACAUAGUAAGAGUGAUGUCAUCUAAUUCUCAACAAAGUGGAUAUGAUAUAAAUGAUGAUCAUAUUGAUGAUCAUUUGAUGUCUUCUGAAGAUGAAGAUGAUGAUGAUUAUAUGGAUGAAGCUCAACCAUCAGAAGAAGUACAAGGUGAAGGUAGUAAUGCGUCAACAACAGGUAGAAAAGCUGCUGGAAGAAAAAUCCGGACGAAACGUAAAAUCAAAUUCGAUACUUACCUUCGUACUAUUCAGAAAGAAUACCAUCCUAGUUGCAAGAUAGCGGCAGCUUCACUUUAUGCUUUAAACUCUAUCGUAAGGUCUCUAUUCAAUCGUAUUAUCGAUGAAGCUGUGGAUUUGGCCAAGAAACAACGUCGUCCUACUUUGAUGCCCCGUGAUAUUGAAUACUCUUGUCGUUUCUUGUUACCCAGAGAACUUUAUGAUGCUAGUCAAAAUGUAGCCACACAGGCCGUUGCAAGAUAUACUAAUUCUUUUCAAUAAUACUCAGUUUUUUCUUUCUAUCCAUCCGAUGAAUCUAUCAUUUUAGCUUAUCUUUUUUUUUUUUUUUUUUGUU